AUGAUGUCAAAUCUAUAUACCUCAUAUCCAGUCAAAUCAUCACCAUAUAUUACAUAUACUGUCACAACAUCACCAAAUACGGCAUAUCCAGUCACACCAUCACCAAAUACUCCAUAUCCUGUCACACCAUCACCAAAUACGGCAUAUCAUGUCACACCAGCACCAAAUACUCCAUAUCCGGUCACACCAGCACCAAAUACGGCAUAUCAUGUCACACCAGCACCAAAUACGGCAUAUCCUGUCACACCAUCACCAAAUACUCCAUAUCCUGUCACAUCAUCACCAAAUACUCCAUAUCCUGUCACACCAGCACCAAAUACUCCAUAUCCUGUCACACCAGCAUCAAAUACUCCAUAUCCUGUCACACCAGCACCAAAUACUCCAUAUCCUGUCACACCAGCACCAAAUACUCCAUAUCCGGUCACACCAGCACCAAAUACGGCAUAUCAUGUCACAUCAUCACCAAAUACGGCAUAUCAUGUCACACCAGCACCAAAUACUCCAUAUCCGGUCACACCAGCACCAAAUACGGCAUAUCAUGUCACACCAGCACCAAAUACGGCAUAUCCUGUCACACCAUCACCAAAUACUCCAUAUCCUGUCACAUCAUCACCAAAUACUCCAUAUCCUGUCACACCAGCACCAAAUACUCCAUAUCCUGUCACACGAGCACCAAAUACUCCAUAUCCUGUCACACCAGCACCAAAUACUGCAUAUCAUGUCACACCAGCACCAAAUACGGCAUAUCAUGUCACACCAGCACCAAAUACUGCAUAUCAUGUCACACCAGCACCAAAUACGGCAUAUCAUGUCACACCAGCACCAAAUACGGCAUAUCAUGUCACACCAGCACCAAAUACUGCAUAUCAUGUCACACCAGCACCAAAUACUCCAUAUCCUGUCACACCAGCACCAAAUACUCCAUAUCAUGUCACACCAGCACCAAAUACGGCAUAUCCUGUCACACCAGCACCAAAUACUGCAUAUCAUGUCACACCAGCACCAAAUACGGCAUAUCAUGUCAAACCAGCACCAAAUACGGCAUAUCCUGUCACACCAGCACCAAAUACUGCAUAUCCUGUCGAACCAUCACCAAAUACGGCAUAUCCUGUCGAACCAUCACCAAAUACGGCAUAUCCUGUCGAAGCAUCACUAAUUACUACAUGUCCUGUCACACCAGCACCAAAUACUGCAUUUCCAGUUACACCAGCACCGUAUUUUGCAUAUUUAGUCACACCAUCACAAUGUACUAAUUAUCAAGUAAUACGUUCACCAUAA